AUGACCAUGGAAGACGACAUUAGCUGGUCCCAAUUGCUGAAGCACCCCAUUGCCACGGCUGAACAUUCCAAUGACAACAACCGAAUUGCAGCGGCUACCGAGACUCUACAGCAAACAGCACACCAAUUCGUCAAGGUGCUCAAUGAACGUGCCAUGCUUUUAGCCAACAGUGCUCAAUUUGAUGCAGCGUUACAUGAUGCAGCAGCCACAAGGACCCUAAUACCAGGUUCAGGAAUUGGAUACUUGUGUAUGGGAGACGUGUAUUGUCAACAAGGACAUCAUGCAGCAGCCAUUUCCAUAUACGAUCAAGGCCUUGAAGCAGUGCCCGAAUCCGAUCCAUAUUAUCAGCAACUUCAGCAACAUCGAAUGACAGCAAUAGCCAACAACAGCAAACGCGUGGAUUUCAUCAGUCAGCUUCCAUUGGAUAUUGUGAUCACCCACAUUGUACCAAGGAUGCAGCCCAGGUUCUAUUCCGAAUCAUCGUGCGAGAUUCUUUACGUAUCACGUGAAUGGCAGGAGCGAAUCUUCCAGCAAUCCAAGGGCUUGAAGUUCUCCUUUGGUGAAGAAGCCAACACGUUCAAAGAGGGCCAUGCACAACUCAUCCAAUUUGCACCUCAUGUCCAGUUCUUGGGUGGCUCUCUCUUGGACGUUCGUCUGGAUGAACUCUUUUCUCGAGCAAGCUUUUCCAAUCUAAAAGAACUCAGUAUAAUCUGUGCUCCUACAACGCCUCGUCUUCCAUUGAUCCAUGGUCUGCAAAUGGUUGCUGAUUCAUUGACUCAUUUGUCUCUCUAUGAGUGCCCUGGUCUUCAAUUACGUGACAUUGUGGAGACGUGUCCCAAUCUUGUAUCUCUUGAAACAAUGAAUGUGGAUGCUAUUGUGCCUUCAUCGUCGUCAUCAACGUAUCCCAAGGUGACUCAUCUUGCACUGCACGCGAUAUCAGAAACAGCUCGCAGUCAACAUGAUAACAUGGUGGACAUCCUCGGUCGAUUUCCUUCAUUACAGUCAUUGAAGAUCACGCCAAUGCCCUCUUCAAGUAUCUUGUCUAUUCUACACCAAUGUUGUCCUCAUCUACAAAUACUGCAUUAUGGGCUCAGGAGUUCUUUCUCAGACGACAUCAUUGAUGUGCAUCCAAAUGGGAAUGGGGUCACUUUUGUCUCUCUAGGAGCGAAUGAAGAAGACAUCUUUAAUCAAGACGAUGUGAUUGGGUUCCUACAUGUGCAUAUCGAAUCAUUGGAGAAGUUUACAUUCCGCGGCAUUAUGGAUGCAAACAAUUCUUAUUGGAGAUUGGCGAAUGGAAAAGUACGAAUACAGCAGGUGGAUGAUGUACCACGGCCGCAUUCACGUUAUGCAAGGGACCCAACUCUGCCACAGGCUUUUUUCAUGAGAUUGGACAGCAUCAUGUUUACGGGUCCUGAGCUAUCUUCAUGCCAUGAAUUCAUAUUAUGGAUGAUAUCCAACGCCCCGAAUCUCAAUACUAUCCGUCUCCGCAAAUCAUAUUUUCAACUUGAUAUCGCAAACGCCAUGAUCAACGCGAGACAUCUUUGCAAGUUAGAGAUCUUUCAUUCGUGGGGAAAUGGUGGCGAUGAAGGCAUCGAGCGAUUCUUGGGGUAUCAUAUUGAAACAAUGGGAAGUGGCUCCACACUUGAAGAGGUCAUUAUACGCGUGGUGAAUUUGGGUAUGUCUCGUACCCCAUGGAUACGUUUAUUGGCCCGGUUGAAAUGUCUCAGGAACCUGAAAUUACUCGCUGGAAGCAUUUCUGAAGAUUGUAUACCUGUCAUGGAAGAGAUAGGUCAAGGUUGUCCCGCUCUAAAAGAGUUAACCCUUGGUCAUGCUGAUUGCGGGUUGCCUGAUGACCUCUUCAAGUCUUUGUGUAAACAUCCAAACCUCGAAUGCCUUAGAAUUGGCGCCGAGUCUUUAUCCAACGACGACCUUAUGGAUCUAUGCGCAUUCAAGAAUUUGAAACAACUCCAUUUGCCAUCCAUUGUUGAAGACGAUAUGCUCGAGAUGUUACAAGAUCAUAUUCCAAAAGUCGAACUUAUUGAUGAUGAUGAUGCAUAA